CUAGCCACUCUACUAGUUUAACCGCGCGUCUGCUCUGUCUGUGUUGUUGUUGAAGCAAUGAAGCAACAUUGCACUUCGAGAAGUGGUCAGCACUGAAGUUUUUGUCGUCUGCUGGUCAGGCACAUUGUGAUACUUUUUGAGACCAGUCGUUUGUUUUUGGUGGAGCAGGUUUAAUGUAAUCGAAUGCUAACAAUGUGGGCCAUGCUCUUGUUCGCAUUUCUUCUGUUUGCCGUGGAAGAGAUCAAAGCCACACCCCUCCUUGCCGUGCCAGACUUUGGACAGGCAUAUCACGUGAAAGGAGUCAUCUCUCUUCCUUAUGCGGAGAUCAAGGAACCUUUUGAGGCUUGGUAUGAUUUGAAGGGAGGUAGAAGCCGGGUUGAUUAUUAUCAUGGUCAAGUCUCUACCUACCAGCUCAGUGCCCAGAAGCCUGCUGGAGUUGCUUAUAAGGUAACCCCUGUUACCACAGAAACUGAAAUGAAUGUCAUGAAGUGUUUCCAGGUCAAUGGAACUAAGGAAGACCCAGUCUUGCCCCAAGUGGCACUGCCAGACACAAGAAGCUUCCAGUUUGUGCGGACGGAGUAUUUUGGUGGGAUCCUAUGUGAGGUGUGGCAGAAUGUCACUCAAAUGGGCCCUAAACAAAACACCUACAGCCUGUGGGUGACACGGCCAGAGGGAGGACCCUCACCACCAACACCUGUUCACUAUGAAAUGAUUGGCUACAACACCCUGUUGGGAUCCCAUUAUGACAAGUACCUUUUGGACUACACUGAGUUCAGCACAAACACUGAGGAUAAAGACUUCUCUUUACCUGAAGGAAUGACCUGUGGUCCAUUCCCUGGCCCUGGAGUAGAGCACCGCUUGCUGGUCAAUCCUAUUCGAGAUCUGCUGCACACAUCCCCAGUGGGUCAUGCCCACCACCUCUUCGGCCAUUUCAAGGAGAAAUUUGCACGUCAGUACAAGGAUGACAAGGAGCAUGAGGAACGUGAGCACACGUUUGUCCACAAUGUGCGAUAUGUGCACUCUAAGAACAGGCAGGGUUUGACCUACACCCUAGCUGUGAAUCAUCUGGCUGAUCGCUCUUCUGCCGAGUUGGCUGCCCUUAGGGGCAGGCGUCACCGGACACCCAACAGGGGUCUGCCUUUCUCCAAAGAGCUGCGUAGUGUCACCCCCCCAGAAUCACUGGACUGGAGACUCUAUGGUGCUGUAACUCCAGUAAAGGAUCAAGCAAUCUGUGGCUCAUGUUGGAGUUUUGCAACAGCAGGAUCUCUAGAGGGAGCACUCUUCCUGAAGACGGGAGUGCAGCAGGUGCUAUCGGAGCAGAUGCUGGUGGACUGCACCUGGGGCUAUGGGAAUAAUGGCUGUGAUGGCGGAGAGGAAUGGAGGGCAUAUGAGUGGCUCAUGAAACAUGGCGGCAUAAGCACCACUGAUGACUAUGGAGCCUACACUGGCAUGAAUGGUUUUUGCCAUUAUAACACCUCAAAGUUGACUGCGCGUGUGAAAAGCUACACCAAUGUUACCAGUGGUGAUGCACAAGCCCUGAAGGUGGCGCUAUUCAAAAACGGACCAAAUGCAGUCAGCAUUGAUGCUGCACACAAGUCCUUCACCUUCUACAGCCACGGAGUGUAUUAUGAACCUGCUUGCAAAAAUGGAACUGAUGACUUGGACCAUGCAGUACUUGCAGUGGGUUAUGGGGUGCUGGAUAAUCAGCCCUACUGGCUGGUGAAGAAUAGCUGGUCAAGUUAUUGGGGCAACAGUGGUUUUAUCCUCAUGUCAAUGAAAGAAAACAACUGUGGAGUGGCAACUGAUGCGACAUAUGUCACUUUGGUCUGAAGACCAUCCAUUUUACGACGAUUUUACUUUUUAAUAAAAAAAUGUGAUGGAUGAUA